AUGUUGCUUUUUGUGGUAUUUUUGCUUACUGUAACUGAAUGGGUAAAUGGUUGUGGCAGUUUUGGAGGUAAUAGUAAUAACUACUAGUACUAAUGCUAUAUUAGUACAUUUAUAAAUACAUAUUUUAAUAGUACUAGUACUAUAGGUACAUUUGUAAUUAAUAACUGAGAACAAUUUUUUAACUAUGGUAUUUAAAGGUAACGAUGACAGUCGUAUCUAUACAAACCCCUCGUUGCAAUGGCAAAUGUCACCCCCUGCCGCGUGGACAUACCCAGUAUCAUAUGCUCAACAGACUGGCUCAUUCUUUCCUGAUCAACCCCUAACCUUAAAUGACGCUGCAAAUAAGGCUCAAGGAGAUAUGCAAGCUGCUGUAAGUGGCACUACUAUCACACAAUUCUAUUGAUAUACAACUAGACAUUUAGAUAUUGUUUUCAAAAAAUCUUCAACGCAGAGUAUUUUUAAGCAUUAUCAUUAUUAUAAUGUUAAUGCAAUUACCCGCUAAAACUAGAUUACCACCAUUCCAGGUCCUAUCAGCCCUGUCAAAGAGCAACAUCCCCACCAACAAUGUAAGGGUUACCAGUGGAUAUACUCCUCAGCAGAUUAGUGAUUGUAUUAAGAUAGCCAGUGGAGGCACAAACAUUCCUCAAGCGACCGAGGCCAACACUCCAUUUGGGUACGAAGAACAAGGUGCUAUCACUCGGAUCGCUAUGUCUACAGCACAAGUUACUGUUCAGAAUUGUGCUGAGAGAGCGUUUACUGGGGUUACCUAUAAGGAGAAUAUCAUCAUGGGGUCAAUGCAGGUAAGGGAGGGGUAAUAAUUGAAAAGUUUUUUGGGUUAAAGGGUGAGAGACAUGUUUUGAUAGCCGAGUCCACUAUGAAGACAUGUCUCGCAAGAUAAGUCGACUGAGACCGAGUUUAGAAUAUGGGAAUGGCAAGUUACUUUACUGAAUAACGUGUAAAAACAUCAUAGUAAAAGUAAUAACUUUACAUUUUUAACACCUUGAUAUUGCCUUUUAGAUUGAGGGUAUAACAGUCAGUGGAUAUCAACUCCGCCUUAUCGUUGCUGAGCUUCAAUCUGUACUAAACUUCAAUAACAAAGUUCGAUUCCAAUCCGAAAUCAAGUAUUCUUAA